UUCAUGAUUUAAGAGGAGUUUUUUCCGCUCCAUGAAUUAAAUCGCCAUUUAAAAACUGCAGGUUGUAUUUACUUGAAUUAUUUUUGUUUAAUAUUGACAUUUAUUUGAUGGUCUGAAACGCGUAACUGUGAAAAAUACGAAAAAAUCACUGGACAACAAAUUGAGACACAAUAACUGAGGAGGAAAAAGGUGCUUGAUUUACAAACGGUUUUACAACAAGUUCUUGCUCUUUCAACAAAAAAUGUAACAUUUUACAGCCUCUGGAAGCGUGAUGAUGAAAUGUAACGUUUUAACAAUUAGUAAAGUCUUCGAAAUUAACCUCGGCUUUAAGGGUGUCAUGUCAUGAUCACAGGUUAAACUCUGAAGGUUUCGUGCAGAGUGAUAGCCACGGAGGUUUUGCAGAUUGGUGAAUGACUCAGAGUGGUGACAGCGAUGCCACUGAUAGGCACGUGUACAUUUCACACGAAGACGUGCACUUUUCCGGUGUGCGUAUACAAAAAUGGCAUGCAACUUGUUUAUGUCUCUGAUAUGUCUCUGGUCAUCUGUAUUCAUCCCAUUUGCUUUCCGUGAAUCAUCCUCAGUAUGAACAAAGAGUCGCGGGCUUGUUUUUUCCACCACUUCUUACGCAGUGAGCUUUAAUAUUUCAUAUAGUAAAAAGAAGAAAAAAAAAAUGACUAAUGCACCUGUCACGAAUCCAUGUUUGAUAUUCUCCUCCUCGGAGCUCGGCGUGUCCACUCCCACAGAGGGCGAGCUUUCGCUUACAAAGAAUUUCAAAGAAAGAAGGGAAGCUGUUAAUCUGACGUCCCUGAGGAUGUUUUUAAAUUAUUCUUUUGUGUUUUGUUUUCUGUUUUUUUGGUUUUUUACAAGGAACAAGUACCCCAAGGCAUAGACAUUUUUGUUUAUACCAAGUAAGUGCUGAUGAAAUGAAGUGAUAAUCAAAUCACUGGAAUAAGCGGGAUCUGUUUAGGAUUCCCUGUUUAUUUUUCCGACUUUUGACACAUGCCCUACACCGAGGAAAGCUGCACAGCUAAUCUGCUCUAUGGGAACCUGCCUGUGACUCAUUCAGUACCCGUCCUGUCCCUCUGCCAGCCGGACUGCGGGGGCCGCUCCAUUCCCGGAAUCUUCAAAGUUACGCGUCGGGCGCGUGGACAGAUGUCCCGGACUACAUUUGACAAGGAGAGGCACUACCUCCGAAUCCGUGGGACAUAAAACAUGCGAAAAAUAAGAAGGGGUGUCUCAGUCGACCCCCACAAACUCAAACAGGGAAGUCCUUCUACGUGUUCGGGUUUAAUUUUCUCCGCUGAGCGCACACUCAUCCAGUAUCCGCGAUCAUGACUGUGGAUGCUUACAAAGCUCUCUACAUUGGCAUGGAGGUGGUGAUCGCCUUGUCCUCGGUCAUCGGGAACGUAAUGGUGGUCUGGGCUGUGCGCAUUAACCGGUCUCUGAGAGACACCACGUUUUGUUUCAUCGUCUCCCUGGCCUUGGCUGACAUUGCGGUCGGAGCUCUUGUCAUCCCCCUCGCCAUAACCAUCAGCAUUGAUCUCAAGACACACUUCUACAGCUGUUUGCUGGUCGCCUGCACAGUGCUCGUGCUCACACAAAGUUCAAUCCUGGCGCUGCUGGCCAUCGCCAUCGACCGCUAUCUGAGAGUCAAAAUACCCAUGAGCUACAAGAGGGUGGUGACCCCACGGCGAGCAGGCACAGCAGUUUUAUUGUGUUGGCUGGUGUCCAUCAUAGUGGGCCUCACUCCGAUGCUUGGAUGGAAUAACCUGCAGCAACUUCGUAAAAAUGGCAGCUUGAAAAAUGACACCUUGGUGGUCUGUAAGUUUGAGACCGUCAUCAGUAUGGACUACAUGGUCUACUUCAAUUUCUUUGGCUGGGUGCUGCCCCCUUUGCUACUAAUGCUCGCCAUCUAUGUUGAGAUUUUCUACAUGAUCCACAAGCAGCUCAACAAAAAGGUAACAGCAAGCCACACUGACCCGAGACGCUACUUUGGAAAGGAGCUUAAGCUGGCCAAGUCCCUCGCCCUAGUUCUGUUCCUCUUUGCAGUAAGCUGGCUCCCUCUGCACAUCCUGAACUGCAUCACUCUGUUCUGCCCGGGAUACCAUGAGGUUGGAUUCAUAUACAUCGCCAUCAUCCUCUCUCACGGAAACUCAGCUGUCAACCCCAUCGUUUAUGCUUUCCGCAUCAAGAAAUUCCGCACAGCUUUCCGGAAAAUCUGGAAACAGUACCUGCUCUGUCGGGAUCCGGUUGGUCGUCUUCCUCAAAGAGGAAGCCAGAGAGGUCAGAGUCACGACAGGAGGCUGAGGCAGAAUGAUGACGACGACGAUGACGUGUGACCUUUGGUAACUAAUUGGAUUGCCGUGUUACUAUCAAGUGUCAGAACACUUGUUCGCAAAGUGGAAAGGACACCGGGUUUAUUGUCAGGCUCGACAGGUUUACUGGUCGAAAUGGCUUUCAGAGGAUGUCCAAUGUCUGAAUGAUUUGCUCCAACCACAUGCACCAACAAGGAGAGAGGAUUAAAACUCAGCUCGGGGAUGAGAUCAACACUAUAAAUCAUACUGAUUUCUCCAUUGGCUGACAAAAUACCGAUUGUGUUACAUGGGACAAGCACUCCCUCGCUUUCAAAGCCAAUUUUUUGGACUAACUAAGUGUAUAUUUGGAGCACAUGUGGUACAAUAAUAGUGUCUGCUGUACUGUUUUCUUUUUUUUUAACCUAAUUAAAACUCAUGGCCUUUUUCAUGUGAUUGAUCUCCAGUAUUUGUCCUAGUGUGUGCGCUAUCUUAACAUGCUUUGUUCUGUGGCCUUGAGGACAGAAAAUGUAACAAAGAACUGAAGCAAAUUGCAGCUUAGUGUUAACAGUGACAGUUUGUUAAACAGGAAGCUCAGCGGUGUGAGGGUAUAACUGGAACUGUUUGUAACUAAUCAAACUCGUGGACUUUACAAAUGUGUUGACCUGUUCUCAUUUCCAACUUGUCAUGUAUUAAUGAUCAGGACACAUUAUUUAGCAUCAUUGUUCAAUGUACAGCGCAGUCCAAUACAAGUCAAUAGAAGUUCCCUAAGUGAGGAAAUGAGACACUAUGAGACCAUGCGCAAAAGGGCUUCACUGACAUGCAACCGUCAGUUGCAAAUGGAAGAUGUUUGCCUUUGUCAUUGUGAAAUGAUGUAUUUUAACUCAAACCGGUUUUUCUCCUAAGCCUUACCAAAGUGCUUAAAGAACUCAAGUCUGAGCAGUUUUUAUUUGGAUCAUAUUUUCUAAAUGUGGCAUUUUUCUGAAAUUUAUUUACGUUUUUGAAGAAAAAAAAGGCACACUGAUGAUUUAGAGGUCUCAAGAACUCCUGUAUCAACUAUGAUACACUUGGUGUUACAGGGUUAAUAAUAAGGUUUAUAAAGCCCCCCCCCUGCAAGGUUAUGGAAAUGGUUGUGACCUGUCUUGUGUGUCUUUGGUGGCAGUGUUUAGUAUUUAAGGAUGCUCCCAGUUAAGUCUAUUCAGGAGUCUGUGAGUGUUAUGUUUCCUUUAUAUAUGAUGUUUAUUUCCUAACAUACAAAUUAAUGAGCAACUUAACUAUCCAAAUCUAACAAACACGAGGGGGGAAAAGUGGCUCCAGACAGGUUUUUAACUCUUGUCUCAAGGGAUGAGUUUAAAAUUCACCAAAUCACACCUGCCUCCUAAUGCAGGCCUUCAUUCUUCCUCGAGUGCAGAUCAGUCAUGGAGUUCUUACUGUAAAGGGGUUACCCUUCGUUUUUGGACUUGACAAAGAGAUUUCUGACCGAGUGCCAGAUUGUGAUAAAUUAGCAGUGAGAAAGGGCUUGAUGUGCUGUUAAUUACCACAUUUGAAGAUAAGGCUUUUUGCAUUACUGAGACUGUUUGAAUGAUAGUAGCUUAUCAAUCAAAAAUAAAACAGCAGAGAAUUUAUUUGAUGCUGAUAAUUGUAAAUUGGACAGCUGUAAUUACCACUGAUCUAGCUAUAGUAACCAUAUAACUAUACAUCAAAGCAUCACAAGAAAUCUAUAUAUCUAUAAAACUGAAGGGAUGUUGGAGCAGCACCAUCUACUAAGCUCCAUCCAAUCUCCUCAUUUAACUCUAUAAUGUACUGCACAUGUAUUACUGAAGCCCUUUCUAAUACUCACAGGUGUUAGGUAUUGGAAACAAAAAGAAAAAAGAAAAAAAACAUCUACUUGUGAAUCUUUGUGAGAAAUAUUUAACAGUAUAGGAUCAUUAAACUGUCUCUGUGAAUUUUUUUUUUUUUCGCUAGGCUGCUGAGCUAAACCAACCAGCAUUGACCUCAAAGUGGGUGACUUUUAUUUUUAACAUAACCAGUACAUGCUGAGAUGGGACUGCUGACUCCAAUAUUAUGUAGUAACAUACGUAACUCUGUGUUUAAAUGUUAACGGGAGAUACUGUCUAAAACACACUGCUGAGCAGCAGCUGCAUUAUCUCUGACACGUCCUCUUGCAGCUGUUCAUCAAAUGAGCCAGUUGUGAAAAUCAUCUUCCAAGCUUCUCUGUUGUUGUGCGAGCUGUAAAUCAAAAAUAGAAGUAUGUUGCUGCGUAUGUUGAUUUAUAUACACAAAGCUGCAUUAGGAGGGUUUUUUUGACAAAGGCAGCAGACUUCUUCCCAGAGUCAUGUACACACACGUACAGUUUGCUCAUUGUAUUUCCAGCACCACUCAUGUACUAAUGGUUCAUUCUGUUUUUUUACUUUGUGCCCAUGCAAAUUAUUGUUAAAGCCAUUAAGUCUACAAUUUAGUUUAUGUUAAGUGUAUGACAAAGUUAAAUGUAAUUGAAUCGACUCCAUCAAAGAGUCCAUUCAAAAUUUUCACAUCAAAUUUAACUUUGAUGAAAUCGACUCAUGCAAUUGCAUAACUGACCAACACCACAGCGUUUUUUUCAAACUAACUGAAGUUAUUGUUCUGUUUUUUUUUUGUUAACCAUUAGUAGACUGUGGGAAAGUGAACACAACAGGAGUGAAUGUCAUUUUGCAGUGUGAGUCCACACUGGCUGCUGCUUUCAUGUUUUUCAUUUCUAUACAUAUAAAACUGUCUGUUGUCUUUUACUGGACCAGUGUGAAGUCUUCAGAAAUCAUUUGUGCAAUAUUCUCUCUAUUCUAUAACAGUAUCAGAAGAAAAUCUGCAGUGUACAUAUUGUACGUGUAGAAACCAUUCAUUCAGAAUCAAGAGCUAUAAUAAUGGGCUCGUUUGUCAGUAUCUAAUUACUGUAUAUAGGAAUAUGUGACUCUACAGGUCAACAGAGUUAUGGAGAAGGCAGAAAGCAGAUUGCUUGUGAAUGUGCAAAAUGUUUCAGUGCACUUAGUGUUGUUUGACAUGCUGUUGGAAAAUACACAAACAAAUCAAACACAAGACAAACAAAAUGAAGCUGCUGUCACUGUGCUGACUGCAAAGAAUGUAAUGAGACAUGGUACCAAGAAGUCUGGAUAUUACUAAAAGAAUUUCUUUUGGAUGUAAUAAAACAUUAUCGCUUGUCAUCCAGUCAAAUCAUGUUAAGGCUUAGAUAACAGGCACCACGAGGUGGCAUCAUCUGGUAAAUGUAUGACACACAUAGGUUAGCUCUUAUUUUUUCGUGUAUUUUAAAUAUGAUUUCAUAAGGAGGUUUUUGUUUGUUUGUUUGUUUGUUUAAAAUAAAUCUUCUCUUACCUUUAGUUUUGCCAGAGGGGAAUACUGAGUAAAUCUGUACUGCAGUCACUGUGACUUUCCAUUUCCUGCUCAGCUGCUUUACAAUGCCUGCUGGAAUGAAGCCAUUGUUAAUGUAAUUAGUUCCACUUGUGGCUAUUUCUACUUUGGAAAAUCAAACUGCAAUGAAAAUGAUGCGUAAUCUGAUUUGUCUGGACUCAGUAUACACUUACCGCACACUUAGGUACACGUUGCUACCAUUGGGUCGGAUCCCCUUGGCCUUCAGAAUUGUAAGUUCUUCGUGGCAUAGAUUCAGUAAAGUGCUGCAAACGUUCCUCAGAGGUUUUGCUCCAUAUUAAAAUGAAGCAUCACACAGUUGCUGCAGAUGUCAGUUGCACCUCCAUCAUGUGACUCUCAUAUCUCAAUUAAGCUCUACUGAAUUGGCAUCUGGUGACUGUGGAGGCCAUUUAGGUACAGUUAACUAUUGUCAUGUUUAAGAAACCAGUUUGACAUGACACGGCUGGUGCAUUAGCCUGCUGUAGUAAACCACAGUGUACCUUUAUAAAAGGAUGGACAUGAUCAGCAUCAUUACUCGCUGUAGUGUCUAAAUGAUGCUCAGUUGGUACUAAGGGGCCCUAAAUGUGCCAAGAAAAUAUCCCCACACCAUUACACCACAGCACCAGCCUCAACUAUUGAUACAAGG